AGCAGAUCCCAGCCAAGCACACGGACUGCACGGGGCACCAUGGCACUGUCUGCUCGGGUCCCCGCCGCCUGCCUCCUCCUGCUGCUCCUGCUCUCCAGCCUGGCCAGUGCUGCUGACCUCCAGCAACAGGCAGGAGAGCUCGCAGCCCUCCAGCCCCAGCACACAGCGGAAGCCAGGUCGGGCUUGCAGCCUGUGCCCCAGAAGCUGAGAGAGCGGAGAGACAGCCACUUCCCCAUCUGUGUCUUCUGCUGCGGCUGCUGCAAGAUGGAAUCAGCCUGUGGCAUUUGCUGCAAGACUUAG